CCAAAAUACAGAGCUGUCCAAGUUCUGCUAACUUGUUAUUGAAUCACCAUCCACCACUCAUGUUCACCACUCUCUUAAAAUCUCCCAUUCCUUUCUCUUCUUCCUUCAACUCAACCCAAAACCCUUCCAAAACCCAGAAAGGAAAUCACUCUUUCAACAAAAAUUCCAAAUUCUCAGUCUCAAAAACCCACAGGAAUGGCCCCAUUAAGAUGCCAACACCUCCAUGGAUGAAGGGUCCUCUCCUUCUCCAACCCGAUGAAGUGUUAAAACCCACUACUAAAAGGAGCUCAAACAACAAUUCAAAGGCACCUGAAAAGGCAUUGUUUGGAAAGGAAAGCGGGGUGAGAGGGAAGAAAGUGAUGAAAAAGAUCAUCAGAGACGUGGAAAAGCUACAAGGGAAUGGAGUUUUAGACGAUAACCAGAUUGGGAAAUUUGAAGAAUUUGAGAUCGGGAAUUGGUUGGAGGAGAUUGGAAGUGAUGGGGAAGUGAAAAAAUUUGAUAGGAAAAUGCCGUGGGUGAGAGAAGAAGAGAAAGUUGUGUUUAGGAGGAUGAAAAAGGAGAAAGUUUUGACACAGGCUGAGAUUAUUCUUGAUAACGAUUUGCUUGAGAGACUGAGAAAAAAGGCUAUGAGGAUGAGGAAAUGGGUUAAGGUGAUGAAAGCUGGUGUAACUCAGGCUGUUGUUGAUGAGAUAAGGUUGGUUUGGAGGAACAAUGAGCUUGUUAUGCUUAAAUUUGGUGUUCCUUUGUGUAGAAAUAUGGAUAGAGCAAGUGAAAUUGUUGAGAUGAAGACUGGGGGCUUGGUUGUAUGGUGCAAGAAAGAUGUUCUUGUUGUUUAUAGAGGACAGAACCACUGGCUGACUUCAAAUGGUCGAAGAGUAUUCAAUAACUUGGCCUCAGACAAUAAUACUACUAUGUCUCAAGAAAAAUCUAAUGCAAGUACUUGGGGGAGAAGUUUGAAUGGAGAAGACAGAGAUGAGAAUAAUCAACCAGUAGUUGGAUCACUGUAUGAGAGGGAAACUGAUAGAUUAUUGGAUGGUUUAGGACCUCGCUUUAUUGACUGGUGGAUGCGAAAGCCAUUACCAGUUGAUGCUGACUUGCUUCCAGAAGUGGUUCCUGGCUUUAGGCCUCCAACAAGACUUUCUCCUCCUAAAACUAGACCAAAAUUGACAGAUGAGGAGUUGACAAAUUUGAGGAAGCUCGCUCAUCCUUUACCUUUUCACUUUGCUCUUGGGAGGAAUAGGAACCUUCAAGGCUUGGCUAAUGCUAUCUUGAAAUUAUGGGAAAAGAGUCUCAUAGCAAAGAUUGCUAUAAAGUGGGGGGCACAAAAUACUGACAAUGAGCAAAUGGCUAAUGAGCUCAAGGAUCUCACGGGGGGAGUUUUGUUACUAAGGAAUAAGUUCCUUAUAAUAUUCUACCGGGGGAAGGACUUCCUUCCUCAAGGUGUUGCUAAUUCUGUAAUGGAGAGAGAAAUGGCACUCAGGAGAUGCCAACUUAUUGAAGAAGAUGCUCGAGUCAAAGUAGCUGAAACCUUUCAGGUUGCUAAUGAACCUUUGGCGAAGACUAGCACUGUAGGAACUUUAGCAGAAUUUCAGGAUAUUCAGACCAAAUAUGGAGUCCUGGAAAAAGAAAAUAAUGAACUCGAAAUUCAAAUAGAAGCUCAAAAGGAAAACUUAGAGAGGGAAUUGAGAAACCAAGAACGCAAACUUGCAAUUCUCAAUGGAAAGAUAGAGAAGUCGGCUACAAAGCUAGCAAAGUUGAAUUCUUCAUGGCAAACUGCUGAGCCAGAUUUGGAUCUCGAAACCAUUACUGAAGAGGAGAGAGAAUGCUUGCGGAAGAUCGGACUGAAGCUAAGUAGUUGCUUAUUUCUUGGUAGGCGUGGGGUCUUUAAUGGCGUCAUAGAAGGAGUACAUCAACACUGGAAGCACAGAGAAGUUGUCAAGGUAAUCACAAUGCAGAGAGCGUUCCUACGAGUUAUCUAUACUGCAAAAAUGCUAGUAGCGGAGAGUGGUGGGAUUUUGGUUUCAGUGGAGAAGCUAAAAGAAGGUCAUGCCAUAAUCAUCUACCGAGGAAAAAACUAUCGACGCCCUUCGAAGCUAAUGACUGAUCAUCUCCUAACUAAGAGGGAAGCAUUACAAAGGUCUAUUGAAUUACAGAGAAUCGGAUCAUUGAAGUUUUUUGCAUAUCAGCGACGACAGGCAAUCUUAGAUUUGAAACUCAAACUGGCCAAGUUGGAGGAACAAGGAGUUGCUAGUCCACAAGGGUGAUAAGCCACUGACUUAUGUUCUAUGGAUCAUGAGAUCUUCUGGAAGUUCCCUCUUUAGUCAAUCAUCAUAUUAUAUGACUGUGGCUCAUGGUAUCUUGCAAACUGAAAAUCUUGAAAUCAUGGAACUUUCUAUUGCUAGGGUUUUGAUUCAAGUUUACCAUGUAUACCGGCAAAAAUAAGGAGUGAAUUCUAGAUGAGGCAGUUGCACGAGCCAAAAGAAUGAGCGUCCCUUUGUGCAUUGAUGUCAGAACUGUAUGGCAAGUUAUCCAAGCUUUUGACUGCGAUGUGGGGAAACUUAAAUGAGAUAGCUUAUUACUUCUGCAAGUAUGAUUCAGACAGUUUAAGCUUGGGAUGCUAGUUGCUACACAUGAAAAACUGUGCUGAAUGCCACUGUGAUGAUGACCUACAACAUUAUCCUGAAUCCAUGGCAGGAGUUCUUGAGCCCUGAAUAUCAGUCAUGUAUCCUUGAAGGUCACCCAACCAAUAGGUUUUUCUUACCGGGUUAAUGUCACCAAGUUAUCCUUUGGGGCAACUAUAACUGUUAUGGACGAGCAUGUGUAGAUUUGCAGGUUUUGAAUUGCAUAGUUUGUGUUAUAAUGCCAUGCUUGAGAGGACUGUAUUCGGCCUUUUCUGAUUUUCAGGUUCUCUAGCACAUAAGCCCCCUUGAUGGAAGCCACUAAGUCGUCAUGACGGUAUCAUUUGCAGCAAACUAUUUCAAAAGUUUUGAAACAUGUCUAAUUUGGGAUGCCUUUAGUGCAAGAGUACAACGUCAACAUUCAGUGGCAUCAAAUAGUGAGCAAGGAAAACAACAAAACACGGAGUUUAACAAACAAUUGCAGGUACAGACCUCAAACAUUUCGGCUAUGGUCCUACUAGAAAUGGGUGUAUGAAUUUCAUACGGAACCAGUUGUUGAUAUGAAGAAAAUUCCCAUAUUUAUGAUUUAUUAUUAGUCUUUGUUGCACAUUCAUGCUCUGUAUAUUUCUAACCAUAACUGGGAAUAAUACUCCAAGCCUUAGCAGUUAGUCGAAGUUUCAGUCUCUAGUUUUAGUUGGAGGCUAGAUUUGGGAAGUCUUGUAUGUAUAUUUUCACAUAUUAUAAUCAUGCUCUUAAAGUAUCCUAUCAUAUUUUAAUUAUUUUUUGAUA